AUGAAUCCAUACACCUUUGGAGUUUUCGCUAUCGACAAGAUCAGCGACUUUGAACUUGUAAGAAAGCAUGUCCAGACAUGGACCAGCGGUUACUGUGCGGCCAUGCCCCUCACCAGACCCAAGGAUGUAAGGACACAGGUCAAUAUCCCGGGCGGUGAUCUAUUCAUGGGAUCGUCCAAUGCAACCUCUGUCGCUCAAUCAGGCUUGCCGACCGAUCGUGAAGCGCGUGCCGAGUGCAAGACCACCAAAGUCGGCGAUAAGGACACCUGCACCACACUUACUAUUCGCUGCAAUAUCAGAGGCGCUGAUUUUGUCAAGUACAACACGAAGCAGAACCUAUGUAGCACACUCAAAGUUGGACAGUUGGUCUGCUGCAGCUCCGGGACACUUCCCGACAACACACCAAAACCUGACUCUGAUGGCACAUGUGCCACGCACAAGAUCGAUACCGGCGAUACCUGUGCUUCUUUUGCAGCCACCUCAGGUAUCACAGUCAAGGAUAUCGAGACCUACAACAAGAAAUCGUGGGCUUGGGCUGGCUGUAACAGGCUGCAAAUGGGCCAGGUCAUUUGUCUGAGCUCAGGAAACACGCCUAUGCCGUCCACCCAUGAAGGUAUCGCCUGUGGACCACAGAAGCCUGGCACCAAGAGGCCAUCAGGCUCUUUUGACGGAUGGGACCUUGCCAAGCUUAAUCAGUGUCCGCUGAACUCUUGCUGCAGCGGCUGGUGA